AUGUGGCGGGACCGCACGAAUCUAUACAUCUCCUAUCGGCAGUCCUAUGCGCAUCACCCAACAAAACGAACAAAGUACACCAGUAGCGGGCCCGGCGGAGGCAAUGCCUUCAGCGACAACUAUGCCACCGCCUCGGGCUCUGAGGAUACUCGUGGCCUGCUCUCCGCAGGUGCUUUCGAGGACGAUGGCGACGCCGUGAUUGAGAUGGAUCUUCUGCCCCCGCGCUGGGCCGACAUCUCCGACGAGAUUACAGACUUGCUGGCAGAUAUUGCGCGAAGGAGCCAGGCACUCGAGCGCCUGCAUCAGAAGCAUGUGCUGCCAGGAUUCGAUGAUGAGGAUGCGAAAAAGGCUGAGGAGCGCGAGAUUGAGCAUCUCACGCAAAAGAUCACAAAAGGGUUCCAUGACUGCCACGGCUGUAUCCAGCGCAUUGAACGCAUGGUCAAGGAGGCAAAACAUGCUGGAGCCAUCAGUCAAGGGGAAGAAACCAUGGCGAAGAACAUUCAGAUAUCUUUAGCGUCAAGAGUGCAAGACGCUAGCGCCUUAUUCAGGAAGAAGCAAAGUGCAUAUCUCAAGAAAUUGCGCGGUAUGAGUAGUUUGGGAGGCUUCACCCCGGUGGGUGAAAGGUCGUCCACACCUCAACCAGGGCCGAGUUCCUACGUAGACCCCGACAUUACCGAGUCCGAUGCAGAUAGGUCAUUCUCACAGUCGACAUUGCAAGUAACGCAGCAGAGACUGUUGCAGAAUAAUGAUGCUGCCAUCAUUCAGCGAGAACGCGAGAUUGAAGACAUUGCACAAGGCAUCAUCGAGCUGGCGGAUAUUUUCCGCGAUCUACAGAAUAUGGUCAUUGACCAGGGCACCAUGUUGGAUCGCAUCGACUAUAAUGUCGAGAAUAUGGCGACAGAUGUCAAAGCGGCCGACAAGGAGCUUGUUGUCGCGGCUGGGUAUCAGAAGAAGACGACCAAGAGAAAGAUUAUACUGCUCUUGUUGCUCAUCGUCGUGGGCAUGUUCAUCUUAUUGUUGAUCAAGCCGAAGAGGGGAAACGACAGGGGUGGUGAGGGAGACCACCGAGAUGAACAGGUAUGA